UUUAGAGCAGCAUGUGGGCUGAAGCGAACCGCACUGAGGAAAGUUUACAACAGAAAGCCGAACCCUCUGGAAGGACACUCGCGAGCUUUAUUUUUAAUGACGUGACGGCCACACUGAUCCUGGGACACGGAAAAUGAGGGAAUCCUGCAGAGUCGAAGCUUCCUUCUGAUGCCUCAUGAAAUAAUGUCGCUUUGGGUGCUUCUACCUAUCACUUUGCCUCUCUGCACCAUCUCUGGAGCAUGGAUUGUAUACGCCAUGGCAGUGUAUAACCAGCAUGUCUGCCCUAUAAACAACUGGGUGUAUAACUCGUCCUGUGAGGAGCCUCUGGUGAUGCAGAGUGGACAGUCUCCCUGCUGCACUCUGGAUAACAUCCCUCUCAUCAGUAAAUGUGGUGUGUUGCCUCCAGAGAGUUGCUGGUUCAGUCUCCUCUGCAGUAUUGGAUCCUUUAUGGUGAUGCUGAAUGGUGUGUGUGUGUGUGUGUGUGUGUGUGUGUGUGUGUGUGUGUGUGUUCCAGUGAUGCUGAAUGGUCUGCUGCGCUAUGCCCAGGUGAUGGAGCAGCAGAAGCAGGACAGUGUGUUGAACAUGAUGGGGCUCUGCUCUGGUUGGCUUUGUGCUGCAGGACUCAGCAUGGUGGGAAACUUCCAGGUGGACUUUGCUAAGGUGCUACACUACGUGGGAGCGAUUUUGGCCUUCCCAACCAGUCUGCUGUUCGUGUGUGUACAGACGAUACUGACUUACCGUCUGGCAAAAACACACACACACUGCCGAACCGCCCACCUCCGCCUGACGCUCACCCUGCUCGCCCUGAUCACACUCCUUCUUUGUGGCGUGUUCUUCCCGCAGGACAGUUUUACCCUGCAGCACUCCGCCGCUGUGUGCGAGUGGAUCUUCGUCAUCGCCGUGUUGCUUUUCUACGGCACGUUUUUCGUCGAGUUUCGCUUGGUGUCUUCACACACUUUGGUGGUUCUGAUCCAGAGAGGACAGCAACAAGAUCUUUCUCAGAAUGAGUGUAAACAAGAGAGGGCUUAAUCGCCGCCUGAUCCGAGUUUCCGACUCGGAUUAGAUCGAUUUGUCCAACAGGAGACGCCAGCGAGAGCUGAAGGUUGAUGAAUAAACUGUGUAGAUGAUCGGCUGCGUUUCUGUUAAACUCUUCUUGGACUGGACUGGCGUGAUGGUGCAGUUUAUUCCCUGGUAGAUCUGGAGAACUGAAGUCUUGGGUCGAUGAUAAAGUGCAGCAUAUAUCUGUAUGAAAAUACUGAAUUCUUGAGUUUUGAUAUAGGAUGUUAUGUAUCAUAUUCUUUACGCAACUGUUUUGUGUAAUAUCCAGUGUGGACGAUAAACGUGUAAUCUGGUGUUCCGGGAAAACCCGUCUGAAGUUCUUCCUGCCUGUAGCGUACUGUACAUCUUUAUGUAACUAAAUAUAUAUUUCAUCUGGAAA